UGACGUAGCAGAGAGAGGCGGUGCGGGUUUGCCACGUCGGUUUCUGUGCAACGCAUUUACACUGUUGCUUCUGAAGCCCGGGGCUAACUUUUAAAGCCGUUUUUAUGCGUUCACCCGGAGAGAAAGCGACCCUCCAGCCUUGUCGUAGCCCGUCGCCACACCAGUGCAACCGGGAAUAUUGAAGCUGGAAGGCGGAGAAAAUGCUAGGUGCUGUCUGGACUCGUCAGGCUGGAAGCCACAUAACUGACUGAUGCAUCCUUGUUCACUUCUCCCCCCCGUGUGUUGUUGGUCUGGCUGUGGUACAUGGUGGCUCAUUGACGAGAAGGGGAGGAGUGCCAGUGGCUGUUGGUUGGUGGGCGGCGUCCGUGGUUGCCACGGUAACUGGCGACCAUGCCAGGAGGUCGCAGGGGUCCCAGCAGACAGCAGCUAAGUCGCUCUGCUCUGCCGUCCCUGCAGACUCUGGUUGGAAGCAACCUCGGCAAUGGCAUAGGCCUCAGGAGCAGGAGCAGUAACGCGGUAGGUCUGUCUGCGCCCCCUCUUUCGGCCCUCAUUACUCCGGAGCCGGUCCGUCACUCGAGGAUUCCCGAGCUGCCGUUGGACAGCAGCCUGCUGUUUGAGUUCCUGCUCUUUCUUUAUUUGCUGGUGGCGUUGUUUGUCCAGUACAUAAACAUCUACAGGACGGUGUGGUGGUAUCCAUACAGCCACCCUGCUGCCUCUACCUCGCUUAACUUUCAUCUAAUGGACUACCACCUGGCUAUCUUCAUCACUGUCAUGUUGGCCAGGAGGCUUGUUUGGACUAUAGUUUCAGAGGUGUCUCAGAGCAGCGGCAGAUCGCUGCUCCGCUACGUGGUUCUCAUCGCAGCUCGGCUCAGCCUGCUGACCAUGUGUGGCUGGGUGCUCUGCUGGACACUGGUCAACCUCUGCAAGAACUACUCUGUGCUCAACCUCCUCUUCCUGGGAUACCCAUUUGGCGUGUACGUCCCGCUUUGCUGUUUCCAUCAGGAGGGAGGGAAAAGCCAAACGGCACCGGCGGACUGCGAUUACCCCGCCAACCACCAGCAGACCGACCUAACAGAGACCCCAAUCUUUCGACCGCGAGACUUCCUCUUCCUGUUGCGUGAGAACCUGAGGGAGCAAUUUUCCAGCCCCCCGCACAUGCCUACGCACACCUGCCCACCACACACACACUCCCACACACCGGAGUUGAUUCGAGCAGAAGUGGAGGAGCUGAAGAGCGACUUCAACCGGCGGAUCAAGGAAGUGCUUUUCAACUCGCUGUUCAGUGCUUACUAUGUAGCCUUUCUGCCGCUCUGCUUCGUUAAGAGCACCCAGUACUAUGACAUGCGCUGGUCAUGUGAGCAUCUGAUCAUGGUGUGGAUCAAUGCGUUUGUGAUGCUGAUGAGUCAGCUGCUGCCCCCCAGCUACUGCGACCUGCUUCACCGCUCUGCGGCUCACCUGGGCCGCUGGCAGAAACUGGAGCACGGCUCAUACAGCAACGCACCUCAGCAUGUGUGGUCAGAAAGUACCAUUUGGCCUCAGGGGGUGUUGGUACGACACAGUCGAUCUCUUUAUAAGGCGGUCGGAACCUAUAAUGUCGCUCUGCCCUCUGAUGUCUCCCAUGCAAGGUUUUAUUUCCUGUUCCACAAGCCAUUGCGGAUCCUGAACCUGCUGAUCUGGAUCGAGUCCAGUGUGGUUUUGUACCAGUUAUACUCUCUGCUGCGCUCUGAGCGCUGGAACCACACUUUGUCUCUGGGCCUUAUUCUCUUCUGCAACUACUAUGUCCUUUUUAAACUGCUCCGAGACCGUAUUGUGCUGGGCAAAGCCUACUCUUACCCUCUGUCCUCCAACAGUUUGGGGCUCAAGUCGCAGUAAAAGGCUCGGCACAGUGAGACCUCACCUACAAACUCUGGAUGUGGAGGUCUGGUAAAGUGGAGGACCGGAGGGUUGAUCAGCGCUCACGCUUGGAGGUUAAGGGACAGACUGUGAACUCAUAAUCUUGUUUUGAUACGGUUCUAUUUUUAAUGCAAUGUUUAUAUAUACCUAUUUAAAAGAAUAUUUUUAUUUUGUAUACUAUUUCGAGUUACGCCGGGCAUUACCACGCUGAAGACAUUAGCAUGUUGUGUUAUGCUGUUGACAGGGAAGUCAUGGAAUGCCAGGAGGUGACUUUCACCAAAGAUAUUUUAAGUGCCGGUGGCCAAUCACAGUUUGAACUUGGCCUCCGAAAGUUGGUUAAACCAGACGAGCGAUUCAGAGCAGUGGAAAGGAUUGUAUCUGAGAUGCUGAAUCCUGAUUGGGCUGUUCUGUUCAACCCUGAGGCUCUUGGAGCUUCUAUCUAGAACCAGUUAAACUGAUGCAGCUCUUUGGGGUAAUGUUAGCAGGACGGAAACACUGUCACUGCUCUCAACAUCUUCACCAGGAAGAAUAGCUUUUAGCUUAUGCUGAAGCUAAUGGGGAUCCAAAUGAAACAAACAAACAAAAGCCACGAUUUCACUGGUGAUUUUAGAGCAAAACUUCAACAUUUUAGGAAUAUACUGGUGGAGAGUCUGUUUAUUAAAUAUGAUGCCACAACAUGCAGGUGGUUAGCUGAAUGUUAGCACAAAGACUGGAAACAGCUAGCCUGGUUCUGUCCAACAUUACAAAGUCUGCCUACCAGCACCUCUAAAACUAACUAAUUAUAACUCUGUUUCCUAAAAACAAAUUUAAAGAUUGAAGUGUAAAAACAUAAUUUUGUUGAGGUGGUUAUGUGCCGGACAAUAUUUUUUUUUUUGUGGCUCAGUGCAGUUGCCAAGCACGAUAAGUUGAUCUGACCAAGAAAUGGUAUGGCAUAUUACCCCCUGUAACACAGCAAAUUGUCACACAUAUUUUUACUGCUGCCUGCAGUAGCUUCCACCCGUGGAAUAAAACUUUCCUACAAACUGACUUGAGAUCAGUCUGUAGGAAAAACACCUUAGGAACUCUCUUAUCCACUGCCUCUGCAGAGAAUGCUGUUUUCUUCCUCAUUCACUUUUGUUACCGUUUUUUUGCUAUCGGUAUCUGCUUGUUUCGCAUCAGGGCAGUUACAGCACCAGUCUUUACAAACCUACACCAGAAUAAAAACAAGUGAGAGGGGACUGAAAUUUGGCAUCUUUAAACUUAAAGGACACAAAAAAAAAAUUAAACAAAAAAAAAAAGCUUGACCCUAGCUGUUUUCAUCUUGUCAUACAGCCCUGCCUGCCCUGGUUGUUACUUAACAACCGUAACGUUUGAAGGGCUGCUGCUGUAACCAGGUGAUAAUUAAAGUCAACUUACUGAUGUCUGACCACACUUUGACAUGCUAAAAAUGUUCUUGCUAUGAUGUAGCGUAUGACUCAUUUGUGUUUUCUAAGGUGAUCCCAUCAAUGGUUAUUUUGUUCAAUUUUGGUGCCUAAAUGCUUAAACCAUAAUGCUAGUAAGGGCCUUACCACAUCCGGUCCAUCUCUUUAGGGAUUGGCUGUAGAUGACAACAAAUGUGACUAAUAAUAAAUAUGUCUGUUGGUACGUCCCAGAACCUAACCCUUCU